AUGGGUGUCUUGACAUAUACCGAUGAGCACACUUCACCCGUCAUUCCAUUCAAAAUCUUCAAGGCCUCAAUUCUCGACUUACACAAUUCAAUGCCAAAGCUCUAUCCGGAUGCUAUUACUAGCAUCAAGUUUAUUAAAGAUAAACACGACCUAACGAAACACGUUGAUAGGUUUCGUGAAGCACCAAACCGUGAAGUGGAUAGGAAGUUAGACAUGAUUGAAAAGGUAUCUUAUGAUAUUAAGUUUGAGGGUUCACCUGAUGGUGGGUGCAUCUCCAAGAUAACGACAACUAUUUACAUGCGUGGUUAAUUUGAUAUCAAGGAAGAAGAAUUAAAGGUCGACAAAGAAAAAUUUUAGGACUUUACAAGGUUGUGGAAACCUACGUCCUAAAAAACCGAAUGCAUAUGUUUAAAGAUUCGCAUUUUAACUUUGUGUUGUACUUUCUUGUCCCUUUUUAUGAUCCCCAUUGUUUUAUAUUUGUAUGCACAAUUAUUUCUUGUUAUGUUUAUAGUUAUAGUUGUAUAGAGUGUGUGCGUG